UCCCAAACAUAUCCCUUUCCCCAUCGAAAACCCAACUAUCAAUACUCAGAAACCCAGAGCCUACUCUUUCUCUCUCCCCCAAUUCUCUUCUUUCUUUUCUCCAUCUCCUCGCCGGAGAGCUUUUCCCUAUCUUUCCCGUUCAGUUGUUGAUCGGACGGUCAAUCUAUCUCUAACCAUGACCAUGUUGAAUCCUCAACCGUUAGAUCAGGAGGAAGAGGAGAUGCUUGUGCCACACUCUGAUUUAGUGGAAGGGCCCCAACCUCUAGUAGAAGGUCCUCAGCCUAUGGAAGUGACACCAGCAGAGAAUGCUAAUGCAGCUGAAAGUCAAGCCGUGGAUGAGCCACAGGCUUCACGUUUUACAUGGACCAUUGAAAAUUUCUCUAGGUUGAAUGUGAAGAAGCUAUAUUCUGAGGUUUUUGUUGUUGGUAGUUACAAAUGGCGGGUGCUUAUAUUUCCUAAAGGAAACAAUGUGGAGUGCUUGUCUAUGUACUUGGACGUGGCAGAUUCAGCUACCCUGCCAUAUGGGUGGAGUAGAUAUGCACAAUUUAGCUUGGCUGUUGUGAAUCAAAUCAAUUCCAAGUAUACUGUGAAAAAGGAGACACAACACCAAUUCAACCAAAGAGAGAGUGAUUGGGGUUUUACAUCUUUCAUGCUUCUCAAUGAGCUUUAUGACCCCAGCAAAGGAUAUAUUGUGAAUGAUACAGUUGUGAUUGAAGCUGAUGUUGCAGUACGGAAGGUCAUUGAUUAUUGGACAUAUGACUCAAAGAAGGAGACUGGUUAUGUUGGGCUUAAAAACCAGGGUGCAACUUGUUACAUGAACUCUCUUCUCCAAACUCUUUACCAUAUUCCCUACUUUCGGAAGGCUGUUUAUCAUAUGCCAACUACAGAGAAUGAUAUGCCCUCUGGAAGCAUUCCUUUGGCUCUGCAGAGUUUAUUUUAUAAACUUCAGUAUAGUGAUACUAGUGUAGCAACAAAAGAAUUGACAAAAUCAUUUGGAUGGGACACUUAUGAUUCUUUCAUGCAGCAUGAUGUGCAAGAACUUAAUAGAGUCUUGUGUGAAAAACUUGAAGAUAAGAUGAAGGGUACAGUUGUGGAAGGGACAAUACAAAAAUUAUUUGAAGGGCAUCAUAUGAACUACAUUGAGUGCAUAAAUGUGGACUUCAAAUCAACCAGAAAAGAAUCGUUUUAUGAUCUUCAACUUGAUGUCAAAGGUUGUCGUGAUGUUUAUGCUUCUUUUGACAAAUAUGUAGAAGUUGAACGACUUGAGGGCGAUAACAAGUACCAUGCUGAAGAACAUGGUUUGCAGGAUGCUAAAAAGGGUGUACUAUUCAUUGACUUCCCUCCAGUUUUACAGCUUCAAUUAAAGCGGUUUGAAUAUGAUUUUAUGCGAGAUACUAUGGUUAAGAUAAAUGACCGCUAUGAAUUUCCUCUAGAGCUUGAUCUUGAUAGAGAGAAUGGGAAAUAUUUGUCUCCUGAUGCUGAUAGGAGUGUUCGCAACCUCUAUACACUUCACAGUGUGUUGGUCCAUAGUGGUGGUGUGCAUGGUGGACACUACUAUGCUUUCAUCAGGCCUACUCUAUCUGAUCAAUGGUACAAAUUUGAUGAUGAACGGGUCACCAAAGAAGAUUUGAAGAGAGCUUUAGAGGAACAGUAUGGUGGUGAGGAGGAGUUACCACAGACGAAUCCUGGGUUCAACAACACUCCGUUUAAAUUUACAAAAUACUCAAAUGCUUACAUGCUUGUUUAUAUACGUGAGAGUGACAAGGAUAAGAUAAUCUGUGAUGUUGAUGAGAAGGAUAUUGCAGAGCACCUUAGGAUAAGGUUGAAGAAAGAACAAGAAGAGAAGGAGGAUAAGAGAAGAUAUAAAGCACAAGCCCACCUUUAUACCAUUAUCAAGGUUGCCCGUGAUGAGGAUCUAAGAGAACAGAUCGGUAAGGAGAUCUAUUUUGAUCUAAUUGAUCAUGAAAAAGUUCAUAGCUUCCGUAUUCAGAAACAGAUGCCUUUUAACCUGUUUAAGGAGGAAGUUGCCAAGGAGUUGGGUAUACCUGUACAGUUUCAACGGUUUUGGAUUUGGGCAAAGCGGCAAAAUCACACUUAUCGCCCCAAUCGGCCAUUGACUCAACAAGAGGAAUUACAAACAGUUGGGCAGUUGAGAGAAGUCUCUAACAAGAGCAAUACUGCUGAGCUUAAGUUAUUUUUGGAAGUGGAGUAUGGAUUGGUAAUUUCCUUGAUCAUCAUAACACUUUUCUUUUUAUUUUUUAAUUGUUUUAUACAAUUUGUUACAAUUUCAAAAAAAUUUCAGGAUCUACGUCCCAUUCCUCCACCUGACAAAAGUAAAGAAGACAUACUUCUUUUCUUCAAGCUUUAUGAUCCUGAAAAAGAAGAGUUUCGGUACGUUGGUCGGCUUUUUGUGAAGAGUACCGGUAAACCAAUUGAAAUAUUAAUGAAAUUGAAUGAGAUGGCUGGAUUUCCUCCUGAUCAAGAAAUUGAACUUUUUGAGGAAAUUAAAUUUGAGCCUACUGUCAUGUGUGAACGCCUUGACAAAAGGGCUUCAUUUCGCUUCAGCCAGAUUGAAGAUGGUGAUAUUAUAUGCUUUCAAAAGCGGCCUACCCCUGAAAUUGAGGAGCACAUUAGAUAUUCAGAUGUCCCUGCUUUUUUAGAAUAUGUUAAAAAUCGCCAGAUUGUACAUUUUCGCACUCUGGAAAGACCCAAGGAGGAUGAUUUUUGUUUGGAGCUAGCAAAGAAUCACACAUAUGAUGAUGUUGUGGAUAGAGUGGCUCAGCACCUUGGAUUGGAUGAUCCAUCCAAGAUUAGGCUUACUCCUCACAAUUGCUAUUCCCAGCAACCCAAGCCUAAUCCCAUCAAAUAUCGUUCUGUUGAUCAUUUGGUGGACAUGCUUAUCCACUACAAUCAGAUUUCUGAUAUAUUGUAUUAUGAAGUUCUUGACAUUCCUCUGCCAGAGCUGCAGUGUCUCAAGACACUGAAAGUUGCAUUUCAUCAGGCCACAAAGGAUGAGGUGGUAAUUAUCAAUGUUAGGUUGCCCAAACAGAGUACUGUUGGAGACGUGCUUAAUGAAAUAAAAACAAAGGUUGAGUUGUCUCAUCCAAAUGCUGAACUAAGAUUGCUUGAAGUCUUCUAUCACAAGAUAUAUAAGAUCUUCCCAAACAGUGAAAAAAUUGAGAAUAUAAAUGAUCAGUACUGGACAUUGCGGGCUGAGGAGAUUCCAGAAGAAGAGAAAAACCUUGGCCCUCAUGAUCGUUUAAUUCAUGUUUACCAUUUCACCAAAGAGACAUCUCAGAAUCAAUUGCAAGUUCAAAACUUUGGGGAACCCUUCUUUUUGGUUAUCCAUGAAGGUGAAACUUUAGCAGAAAUUAAAGUCCGCAUUCAAAAGAAAUUGCAGGUUCCUGAAGAAGAAUUCUCCAAGUGGAAGUUUGCAUUCUUGUCACUGGGACGUCCAGAAUAUCUUCAGGACUCUGAUAUUGUUUCUAGCCGUUUUCAGAGACGAGAUGUGUAUGGGGCAUGGGAGCAGUACCUUGGUCUCGAGCACUCCGAUAAUACUCCAAAGCGGGCUUAUGCAGCUAGUCAGAACCGUCACACUUUUGAAAAGCCAGUUAAAAUAUACAAUUAAACCAUGGCACGUUCUGAUUUAAAAGCAGUCAAGGGAGCUCAAUGCUCAUGCAACUCUGAAAACAAAUGGGAAAUGCACCUUAUGCACGUGAUGGGAGCUCCAGAAUAUCAAAUCGAAAUUGAGGCUAGCAGGGGAAUAGAUUAGUACUAGUUUCGCAUUCUGUGUUGUGUUUUCUUGUUCGUUAUCUUGUAACAUUCUUCCUUCACUUUCUUCCUUACCCGUAUAAUCUUUAUUCACACCCCCACUCUCCCCACCUAGCUACUUGUGUUGGUUUGUAGCCUUUAUUGAAACAUGAACCAAGUGGGGACUGGGGGGUUUCCCCUCCCGCGUAUGUAUCUCGACCCUAUAAAUUCUUUUUCCCCUCGGGUAUCCUUUGCAGCUAGCUGGUGGCCUGCUGUAGAGAGUGGCGCCUCCUAUUAUAGCUUGUGUAGUCUUGCAUAGAAAAGAUUUUGGUAGGAAGAAUGUAUAGUAUAUAUAGUUGCACACAUUCUGAAUACUGACUGGUGUUUUCAAUUUUUGAAUUUCCCCAUCCUCUUGUUUGCAAUCUGACUUUAUUAUGAUCAGGCAAGUAGGCAAUUGCUCUUGUAAACACAAACUGCCUCUGUAGUUGAGUUUCUUGGUGUUUUAUAAUGCCAUCUCUAGGCUUUUUUGCCUC